AUGGCCGCCAUGUUUAUCCCACACAGCCUCGCUUUCGCGUCUAUACCCAGGACUCCGCUUUCAAGGGGAAAACAUACAAUCAGAGUUCGGGACAUCCGAAGAAGCUUAUUCAAGUCUCCUUUUGGGAAAGAAUGUUUUCUUAGAGGACAACUCUUGCAAGUGAAAAUGAAGUUGUUUCUGAAGCAGCUACUGUCGUGGCGACGGUACCUGAUCCUAAUCUUGACUCCAGUGUUGUUCGCUCCGAUCCCGAUUAUUCUACAAGCAAGGGAAGCCCGUUGCGCCUAUGCUAUUCUCAUCAUGGCCAUCUUCUGGGUGACGGAGGUCAUUCCUCUGGCUGUCACGGCUUUGUUACCGCUGGUUCUCUUCCCGAUGCUCGGCGUACUCAGUGCUCAGGAAGCGAGCCUGCCUUAUUUGAAGGAUACCACUGCCCUGUUUAUCGGCGGGCUCAUCGUUGCGGUGGCGAUUGAACACUGGAAUCUCCACAAGAGGAUUGCGUUACGCGUGCUGCUAUUGGUGGGAUCGCAGCCAAGAAGGUUGAUGCUGGGCUUCAUGGCGAUCACUGCCUUUCUUUCUAUGUGGAUCAGUAACACCGCCACCACCGCUAUGAUGGUGCCGAUAGCUGAAGCCGUGUUACAGGAGCUCAAGCGCGACAAGAUUGACGCAGUGGAGGGGGGUGGGGAAAAAGAUAGCAAAGCGCUUAUGGACGAGGGGAAAAGGAACGAGACGGAGGCUGAGCAAGGUGUAACGCCGUCACGUGAUCAAGUCACCAAAAGAAGUAAUCAGUCAGAAGAAAGAGACAGUGACGAGGAAGAGGAAGACGUGUUUUUCGGGCGGAUGAGCAAAGCGCUGGUGUUGUGUGUCGCCUACGCUGCUAAUAUCGGCGGCACGGCCACACUCACCGGGACUGGGUCCAAUCUCGUGUUCAACGGACAAGCACAAAGCAUCUUUCCGGACAGUCCGGCGGUCGGAUUCGGACAAUGGUUCAGCUACGCCUUUCCUCAGAUGAUUCUGCUUGAGCUUGUGGCGUGGGCGUGGUUACAGGUCUACUUUCUCGGGUGCUGUAGCUGCAAAAAGACAACAGACAAAGACAGAAUGCAGCACCAAGCGAUCAACAGAGUUCUGCGGAAACAGUACGCGGACAUGGGAAGCAUGACAUUCGCAGAACACGCGGUCCUUGGCCAUUUCGUCGUGCUGGCGCUGCUGUGGCUGUCACGUGAUCCCAAGUUUAUGCCAGGAUGGGCCGUCAUGUUUGCAAAAGGUUACGUAAAGGAUGCAACGGCGGCGAUGCUGAUUGCGUUCUCGUUGUUCGUGUUCCCGAGUCAGAAGCCAAAGAUUUUCUGUUGGAACCCAGAUGGUGGAGUGCAUAAGCCGCCACCUAACCUUCUCACGUGGAAUACAGUGGCGCAUAAGAUGCCGUGGAACGUCGUGUUUCUUCUCGGAGGGGGCUUCUCACUCGCACAAGGAGCAAAGGAAUCUGGGCUCUCGGAGUGGUUAGGAGAGCAGUUGAGCGGACUUAAGGUGGUCCCUGACUAUGGUAUCGUCAUCAUAGUGUGUGUUAUGCUCACUGGCUUCACUGAAAUUACAUCUAACGUUGCCACGGUUACCAUAUUCCUGCCUAUUCUCGGCACAGUGGGCCGGAGUAUCGGAACCCACCCAUGGUACCUUAUGAUCCCCGCCACUAUAUCCUGUUCAUUCGCCUUUAUGUUACCUGUCGCAACGCCUCCUAACGCCAUCGUGUUCUCGUAUGGGCAUUUGAAGGUCAAAGACAUGGCAAAGGCUGGAUUUGGUAUGAACGUGAUUUGCAUUACUGUCCUCCUUAUCUGUCUACAUGUGUACGGUACUAGCCUUUUCGGCCUGGACACUGUCCCGGACUGGGCCAAGUUUAGCACGAUUAGUGGUGCAAGAAACACCAGUCUUGUUUGUCGUAACGUGACUAUUUAGAACAUGUGAGAACGUCCUGUUUGGGCUGGAUGUGAUCCUCGGCAGGGCCAAGUUAAGCACGACUAUUUGUACCAAAAAAAAAAAAGGGUAGACCAGGACCGGACUAGAACCAGGCAUAGCCUAAACUCAAGCCUGAUUAUUCUCGGAAUGUCUCAACUCUUAUCAACCACAGAAAGCCCAAUUAGAAACCCUGGUUAGAACGCCUGGUCCGUUUCGAGUCUUUGGAUCAUUUCGGGUCCUGUACAGUCCUUUUUAAGUUAUUCAAAGCGAGCAUUUUUCACGUCUAUGUGUCCCCGUGAAUCAAUAAAACACAAUUUUUACCAAA